AUGAAUUAAGUUAUGACAUUAGGUUGUGUUUCAAAUAAAUUAAUGGAUACAUAUGCAGUAUAGAUAUUUUGUAUGAACACUUGGGAUCAUUGUUGUUUAAUAUAUCACAAAAAAAAAAUGCUUAUUAAAUAUCAUUAUUUAGAAUAGAGAAUAGUCAAAUAAAUAUUGUGGUGUAAAAAAAAAUCAUUUAGAAUAUUUGAUAUUACAAUGUCAAAAAAAUAACGAUUAUAUUUUUUAUUGUGCUAAGAUUGGUUUAUAUACUUUUUGAAUUUCGAAUUUUAGAUUGUUAAUAAAGUUCAAUUAGAAUGCAAAUAAUUUACUAAUCUAUUAUUUUUAGAUCAUUUAAAUACUUUUUUAAUGAUUUAAUUCAAUUCUGUUAGUGCAUUUGAAAUUCAAAUGAAAGAUAAAUUUAGUAUAAUUAAAUAUUAAGAACUUAAUGGAUCUCUAGAAUGGAAUAGAUAAUGUAAAUUAUUAGAUUAUUUCUACAUUCUAUACAAUUCUUAAAAUAUUACAAUCUAUGAUUUAAGAACACUCAAACAUUAAGGAUCUGUUUAAUUAGGUUUGACAAUCUCAGAUGUAUAUUAUAUAAAUGAUCUAUUAUAUUUGGGAGAUGUAUAUGGAACUCUUUGGUGUUAUGAUCUAAAUGGAAUUCUUUAAUAUUUCCAUGAACAUGCUCAUGAUGGUUAAAUAGUCAAUAUGAUAGUUUAUAAAGAAGAAUUAUUCACAGUAGCAAGUGAUCUCUUUAUUAAAGUUUGGAAAUUGAAUAAUUUAAUCUUUUGUCAAUCUUAUCCUAUUUAUUAAUAGUAGAUCUAAUAUUUCAAAUUCAUAAAUUACUCUAAAUACUUCAUAUAAUCUGCAGAUUAAUUAUAUAUAUGUGAUUUAUAUCAUAUAUUGUAAGCCUAUUAUUUACAUAAUUCAUCUGUUUCUGCAAUGUCUGAAUAAUGUAUAGCCUUUAAGAAUCAUGUUUAUUACUCUAAUCAAACCCGUAAAGUCAUAUUUGCUCCUAAUUCAGUUUAUUAAGUACUCUAAAUUAUAGAUAGUCCUAAUUAACCAAACACUUAUUAUUUACAUUUAUAAAAUCAAACUUUAGCUAAAUGGGUCAAUCAUUAAUAAGUUGAAGUACUUAAUUUUGAUAAAAUCAGAACUAUAAAUGGAGAAAAAAUCAAUUAAGACAUAACAUUUAUUCAAAUUAUUGCUCUUUCUCCUCCUUUAUAUGAUGUUGAAAUAACUAUUGAUUCAAAAGAUUAAAACAAAAUAUCUAAGAUGCUUGAAAAUGCAGAUUAAUCUUUAUAUUUUGUUAUGGGUUGUUCUAAAGGAGCUGUAAUAUGUGUUCCUUUAGAACUCUAUACAAUAAUUUAUACACGUGUAAAUUAUAAUAAAAAUGCUAUAUCAAGUAUUAUUCACUUUAAUGAUCAAUUAAUUAUCAAAAGUAUUGAUAAUGUCAUCAAUUUUGUUUAAAUUUAAUCUAAUAAAGCAUCUUUAAUUAAAUCAAUUAAAAUUGUUAAAUUAGGUCCUAUACAUUUGACUUAAGCCAAUUAAUUGGCAAUUGCACAAUCAAAUGAAUUAUAUUUAUUUAAUUCAAAUCUAAUUGCAUAUGAAACUAAUACAGGACAUGAAAAUGAUAUACAAUAAAUCACUAGUAAUUAAACUUUUGUUGUUACAAAUUCUUUAUAAUAAGUCAAAAUAUGGACAAAUAAUGGAUUUUGCAUAUAUACUAUCAAUUUUCAUGUAUAAAUAGAUUAUAUCUAUUAUAUAAAAGAUGAUCUUAUUACUAGUUUAAAUGGAGGUUUAUGUCAUUUACCUAUUCCAGAACAUGAAAUAACAGAAUUAGAUACACAUGAAUAUAAUUAAAUACAAAUCAUUGAUUUAGCAAUUCCUAAAAAGAAAUAAUCUUUAAAAGAAGAAUCUUAAUAAUUAUAAUAAUAAUCAUUCAAUUUAUAAAAAUUUGAAUUUAAAAAAACAUUAGAACUUCCAAAAAUCAAACUAAAAGUUUAAAGUCAAAAUAAUUUAGAAAACCCUAAGACACCAGUAAAAAAUAAAAAACAUUUUAAUUCUAUUUAGACUACAACCAAUAAAAGUACUAAUAUAAGUAUUUCUAAUUCUUAAGCCCCUAUAAGUUAAAGUUUUGAUUAUGGAAUUUAACAUGCUAUUGAUAGUAGUUGUGUAUUACCAGCUAUACCUAAAUAAAAAGAAGAUACAUCAUUAUUGAAUUAAUAUUUAAAUAGAAGAGUUAAAAAGGGAUAACCUAGAAAUAGAAGAGAAUGGACCUUAGAUAAAAAGAUUUUAGGAAACAUCUUGUCAUUAAUUUGA